UCCUGCUUAGCUCCUUGGACAAAAGGCAGGGGCCCUGGGGGAGGCACCUAUUCCUUGGAGAUCCCCUACCCAUACUCCUCCUGUCACUUCUCCUGAGACUUGCCCUGGGAAGAAACUGGGGCUCCUGGGGGGGUCUCCCCCCCAGAUCUGUCCCCACACAUUCUCACCGGUCGCCCCUGGGAGACAGGGGGGCGGCCGGGGACUCCAAACUUGGCAGUGCCAGGAUGUCAUUCCCAAUGCUGGGUCCCCACUGGCACCCCCAGCCCAGGGCCCUACCGGCCUAAGUGCCACUUGCCGGAUGCCGGCGCCCCCUGGGCCCGAGGCGAGCGGCUGGCCCGGCCUCCUCAUGUCCUGCCUGAAGGGCCCACAGGUCAUCCUCAAGAUGGAGACCAUGAAGAUUGUCCAUCCUGAGAAGUUUCCAGAGCUCCAGGCGGGUGCCCCCCGCUAUACACCCACUCCCAGGCCCGCUCCGGCCUUGGCCCCCAAGAGGGCCUGGCCUUCUGACACCGAGAUCAUUGUCAAUCAGGCCUGUGGUGGGGAUGUACCUGCUCUGGAAGGGGUACCUCGCACCCCACCUCCACCCAGGAGGCCCCGGAAGAGCAGUGCUGAGCUGGGCUUCCCCCGUGUGGCUCCUGGUGACGAGGUCAUCGUGAACCAAUAUGUGUUACGGCCUGGCCCAGCCGGGGAGCCGCUGGAAUGCCCAACCUGUGGGCAUACAUACAACCUGACCCAGCGGCGUCCGCGUGUGCUCUCCUGUCUACAUUCUGUGUGUGAGCAGUGUCUGCAGAUCCUGUAUGAGUCCUGCCCCAAGUACAAGUUCAUCUCCUGCCCUACUUGCCGCAGGGAGACUGUGCUCUUCACUGACUAUGGGCUGGCUGCCCUGGCUGUCAAUACAUCCAUCUUGAGUCGCCUGCCGCCGGAGGCACUGACUGCCCCCCCUGGCCAGUGGGGUGGUGAGGCUGAGGGCAGCUGCUACCAGACCUUCCGCCAGUACUGUGGGGCUGCCUGCACCUGCCACGUCCGGAACCCACUGUCCUCCUGCGCCAUCAUGUAGUGCCCUCCCUGCCCCUCUACCUGCCGCUCCCUCAUCCCCUAGGACUUCUGCUCCCCCCAAAUGCCAGGCACAGACCGAUGCCAGGCUUCUGGAGCAUCCCAGAGGACUCAGCAGAAAGGGACUGCAACCCAUGUUUCCUGUAUUCAUCUGUCCUGGGACCUUCACUUCCUCUCACGUUCCUGGAUGUUUGCUUAUCCUCUGAAGCUGCUUCUCCUAGAAGAGGGGCCACACUGGGCCUUUUGUGCCCCCACCCCACCCCGCCCCACUGCUUCCCAUUCCUCACCCCUUCAAGGAGGGGUCUGCAGCCAGUUUUGCCAUUAAAACUCUUUGCCAAAGUUGCCAUUUCAAUUGCUAACUGGAACCAUCUUCAACAGCACAACCUUCCUCCCCAGGUGGACUUGAUCCCCGACCCGUCCCCCCCACAGCAGAGUAGUCACGGGGGAGAGGGUCACUGCCCAGCCCAGAGCCCCUUCAUUUUGACAGGCUGGUGUCCUCCCCAGGAACCCUUUUGCCCAGGGCUGGGUCCCAGGGUCUCCCUUCCAGCAAUGCCGAUGCGGUCCCUGGAGUCUCAGGUCAGCAUGCAGCCAGGCUCCAUUUGUGUGCUGGGCUAAAUUGGGCCUCUUGGGUGAACUGAGAGAUAUGGACAGCAGAAACCAGAGGCCUCUCCAUUCAGUUCCAUGUCUGGGCUGGUUCCGUCAGCCAAGGAUUAUUUCCCAGUAGGGUGGGAUGACCGAUCGCAGCCUGGCUCUUUCCUGCCAGGGUGACCCGUCUUGGAACUCUGGAUCUGCCACUGCUAUGCUUGUACCCAGGGACCUACUGAUCUCUUCUCUCUCCUGGGCCACGUGUGGUAAACCUUUUCAUCUUGGUUCAGCCCAGACAGGUUCAGGGGCAAGAAUAAGGACAAUAACUUCUAUUAAGGACAAUUCAUAUUUCUAUAGCACUUUACCGUUUACAAAGCGCUUUCCUCACAACAACCUUGUGAGGGUAGGCAAUGCAAGUAUUAUCUCCAUUUUACAGAUGAGGAAACAGGCUCAGAGGUGACAUGACUUGCCCAAGGGACUUGAACCCCAAUCAUCUAAUUCUAAGUCUAGCACUCCUUCCACUACCCCUUGAUGUCCCCUAGGAGCAGGCAGUCUGUAAGUUAUUCCAUUUAAGCUGCUCUGGGGCCCAAUAUUUGCUCUGAUCAGGAAUGCGUGCUCUGCAAACUCAUCUGCUUCUCUGCUAUUGUGUUUCUUUCCUUCUGCCCCAGAGUUUCCUAGUAAAGACUCCUUUUGAAAAA